CACGAUGUACGUGUACGUCCAUACUCUACAUUUGAUGUUAAACCACGGAGUGCAGUGCAGUGUUUAUUUACGCGUUUUAUGUAAUUGUGCAUUACCUACAUUGUAAUUCAGUACAAACAAUAUUGUUCUUCUGGUUUAACAAUAUUAGUAGCGAUUUGUAAAAGAAAUGAGUGAAAGGAAAAGAGAUUAUCCCAGCGGUGCUGAGAAAAGAAAAAGUAAACGGAAAAGGGAAGAGGUUAUAAAAAAAGUGCCCAAAAUUUCUUCAUUUUUUCAGAGACAAGAUACUGUGAGUGAUUUAGAUUGGAAAGAUUCUUCUGAAGCACGUUCUGCGUCAAAUAUCCAUUCGGAAAUAGAAGAAAGUCAAGCACAUACUUCAUCGGAUGUCCAUCCAGAAAUUGAAGAACACCAAGUCAACGAUUCUGAUAUAUUUGAGGAUUGUAAUAUAAUUUCAUCAGAUAGAGGAAAUUUCGGUGACAAUUUAUCUGAAUGCGAACGAAAAAUAAUUUUUAAAUUGGGUCCAUUUAAACCACAAGGACCAUUUCCAAAAGAUCCAGAAAGUAACCGACCUUUUUCGGCCUAUUAUUAUUCAUAUUUCAAUCAGGCAGGCAUAAAACUUGUAAGACCAUGGUUAUGUUAUUCUAUCGUUUUAAACAAACCGUACUGUCACUUCUGUUGGUUAUUAGCAGAUCGUCAAAACAAAUCAUACUCCUCUGCUUGGGUUAACGGUGUUUCGGUUAGAAGCAAUUUUACGCAAACUAUACUUGACCAUGAAAAGUCACAGCAGCAUAUGAAUGCCUCACUCUCUUAUAAUAAUUGGUUGCAAAGAAAUACCAUCGAUACUCUAUUGCAAAGUGAAAUCAAUAGUAAAAUUACAUUCUGGAGAGAUGUACUGAAUCGUAUUAUUAAUGUUAUAAUUACUUUAGCAUCUUGUAAUCUAUCUUUGAGAGGGCAUGAUUCUGAUUCUGGAAAUUUUAUGGCAAUUUUACGUUUGCUAUCUAACUAUGAUGCAACUUUAAAAGAACUUCUUCUAAAACCGAAAGGCGAAAUAAAUUAUUUAAGCCCUACGAUUCAAAACGAAAUUAUUAGUUUGCUUGGUACCACCGUUAGGAACAAUAUUAUCUCAGAAAUUAAAAAAGCUCCAUUUCUGACAAUAAUUCUGGAUACAACACAAGACUUGUCAAAAAUUGACCAACUUUCUGUAGUUUUUCGAUAUAUCUCGGUUACAGAAAAUGAUGAUAAUGUGCCUAAAGAAAUAAAAAUCUGUGAGUCCUUUUUAGGAUUUAUAGCAGUAACCGAUUGCAGUGCUGCAGGUCUGAAAACUGACAUUUUAAAUUUGACUAAAGAAUAUGGAAUUGAUUUGACUAAAUGUAGAGGACAGGGUUACGAUGGAGCAAAUGUUAUGUCGGGUGUUUAUGGAGGAUUACAAACCCUAAUAAAAGAGCAUGCUCCAAAUGCCGAUUAUGUUCAUUGUGCUGCGCACGCUUUAAACUUAGUUUUAAACGAUGCUGCGAGACACGUUCGUGAAGUAUCGACUUUUUUCGAUAAUUUAGAAAAAAUAUAUACUUUUUUUGGCAAUAGUAUAAAACGCUGGGCUAUGCUAAGUGACGAUCCAUCUGAAAAAUAUUUGAUUACCCUUAAAAAGGUAUGUCCAACCAGAUGGUCUUCUAGGAACGAUGCUUUAUUAUCGGUAAAGAAAAAUUUUUUACUUAUCAUGAAAACUUUGUACCAACUAAAUUUAAUUUCAAAUAAAAAAGAUGAACGUGAAGAAUGUAAAAACAUAAUUAAUAUUUUAGAGAGUUAUAAUUUCUUAGUGCUCGUUACAUUUUUUUCUUCACUAUUUGAAAUUAUUAAUCCUAUUUCUAAAGCUCUACAGCAUGAAAAUAAUGACUUACAGAAAUCUAGUAUUUUAUUAAGUAAUCUUUUAAAUAGACUGUGCCAAUUAAGAAAUCAGAUUUCAUUUAAUAGUUUGCUAAAUGAGUCCAAAGAUUUAGCAAAAGAGUGGGGGGUAACAACUGUUUUUAAAAACAGUAGGCGAAAGAUAACGAAGCGUUUUUUUGAUGAGUUAUCACAAGAUGAGAGAAUUUCCGACCCGGAAUCCUAUUUCAAAGUCAAUGUAUACUAUUGCUGUUUAGAUAUAUUAAUUUCUCAAACUAAAGAAAGAUUUCAGAGCCUUUGCGACCUGAGUAGUAUGUUCGAAAUAUUACAACCGGAGAAACUCCUAUCUUCUUCAAACGAAGAGAUAUUAAUCGCUUCCGAAAAACUGUCGGUUAAAUACAGUAAAGACAUCUCAGUUAAUCUUUGUGACCAAUUAAAGGCUCUAAAAACAUGCUUAAAAUCUGAAAUUCAAAAAAUUUAUUCCAUUAAAGAACUCAUUGAAUUAUUGCUACUAAAAUUCAAUAGUCUUGCAUCUAGUUUUCCCGAGGUAAUCACAGCAUGCUUUUUAUUCUUGACCCUUCCAGUUACAACCGCAACUGCCGAAAGAAGUUUUUCAAAAUUAAAACUGAUAAAUAUUACUUAAGAACUUCGAUGGGACAAGAACGGCUGUCAGACCUCUCACUAUUGUCCAUAGAGGUAGAAACUUUAGAAAAACUAAAAUCAUCAUCAGCCAUAAAUGAUUUAAUAAAUCAGUUUGCCGAAAAAAAGGCAAGGCGAAUGAAUAUUUAAAAUUUGAUUUUUAUUUGUAAAAUUAAAUUUUUAAAUUAAGGUUAAAUUAUGUUAUGAUAAAUAAAUAUUUCUUUUCACAAUAUUUUUUUUCUUUUGUGAAAAAUCUUUACCCCCAAACAAUACAAGGGCCCCCAAACAAUUUUUUAUACGGGGUCCCGCCAAUGCACGCUACGCCACUGAUUAGGUGCCUUCAUGUGACGUUGACUGUACUAACGCAAGCAACAUAUUAACAUAGCAAUCAUUGACUAGUGUUUAUCUUAGUGCUCGUGACCGUGUCAGAGGAACUUUAACGUUUCAGAGCCGCUAACUAUUCCGACUUCCUUUUUGAUUGACGUUCAAAAUAUACCAAUCCUUUCUACAAAACAUCACGACUCAACUAAUCAUCGUUUUGGUAGCAAGCCAUUAAAAAAUAUAAAGGACAAAUGAGUUAUUUAUAUUUAUCGGUACAACCCAAAGAUUUAAUAAGUAUACUCAACAACAUAAAUAAGUAUACAGAUAAGAAUUUUCUACAAAAUUUUAAUCUGACACUAAAAAAUUACGGCAUAGCAACUAAAUUUGAGAAAAUGGUAGCUCUUGGUAGAUAUGCAGGGAAGAUUAAUUUUUGUUUAUUAUUAUUUAUUAUUUAAUUAAUUACAAUAAAGUUAAAAUAGUUAAGUAAGUAGAUCACAGCCCUAGGUCGGUUACGUUUUUGACUAUAUGUGAAUAAGUUUACUGCAUUCUACUGACUAUACCCAUAUUGAUCCGACAAUUCAUCAUAAUUAUUACGAUACGAAGGUUGUAAAGAUUAAGUUGCUAGAUAUUCUUCUAAAUGUGAUGCAAUUCGUGAUGCUCGAGAUUGUCAAAAGCAACCUUCUAUUGCUUCAAAUAUUAUUAGAACAAUUAAUCGAGAUUUCAAUGAACGAAAACGAAGCAGUCGUUUUCGUUCAUUGAAAAUAUUGCAAAAUACUUGGUGUUUAUCGCAGUUAUGUCUGCGUAUGAGGGCCCAUGCCCUUUUAUACCAUUAUAAGUAGGUAUGAGGCGUUAUUUACCAACGUCAAUAUCGUCCCUCGCUCUCCAACAAUUUGACAAAUGUAACUUUAGAAUUAAAUUAUAGAAAGCGGUGAAAACGCCUCAUGUGACAUCAGAUGAUAUCUAUUUUUGCUUACACGAAUAAUUGUUUUAUAUAAAAUGACAAACUAUUUGUAGGGGGUUUGAUUUAUUCAUUAAUUAAAAGGGUCAUUAAUUAAUCGUGCAACAGUUAAUCCUUAUUGACAAUAACUUUUUUAAAAAGAGAACCGCCUUCAAUGGAUAUCCUCCUUUUUCAAAAAAGUCAGUUAAAUUUCUAAAACCCUCUCCUAAGUGUAACAAACACUUUCCUAAAAACCGCAUCUAAAUCGGUUCAGCGGAACGCGAAUAAUCAGGUCAAGCAAACAUACGCAAAUAAAAUAAAAAAAUUGAAUUUGAAUUACAUACAUUAUCGCAUAGUUCAAAGUGAGAACCACCUUUUUUUGAAGGCAGUCAAAAAUGCAUCUCGCCGCCAAGUUAAAGACAUCAACGCGUCGCUUACAAAGUAGGGGUACGUAACGUAACGCAAUCGCAAUAAUUAUGAAUUAUGAACAAUGGUGAAGGAGUUGGUUUUCGCAAACUAUUAUUAUGCAUGUUCACAAUAUUUGCUAAUUUCGACCCAAGUCCAACUCCAGUUAGCACAUAUUAAAAUUAAAUUAUCAAUUGCAGAAGAGUUGAGAUUGAGUGAAGAUUAUUCGUUAGAAAAUCGUAAGAUGGUAUUCAUUGGUAACCAAGGCAACUAUUCCAAAUAACUAUGGUUAACCUUAAAAAUAGAACACGAGAAAGGGUUUGGCCCCUUUCUUUCCAAUCUUUAGUCACUCUUUACCGACUUAACCACUUGACCGGUUUUGAAUAAAUUUUCUAGGUAUAAAUGCAGUUAGAGGUAUGUACAGGUAGGUACAUACCUAGUCUAUUUAUACUGAAAAUUCACACCUGAAAGGGAAAAACAGGAAUUUUAAUUUUCACAAAGACACAAAGUGCUCAUACUUACUUAGCAGUUACUACUACUAAGUAUGAGCACUUUGUAGUAAGUAACUAGCAUAAGUAGUAGCAGUAGCAACUAAAUGUAAUAGUACCUACCUACUUACUUACUUAUAAACCAUUAAUGACAAAAUCUGUGAGGCCCCGAAUAUGAAUUAAUCCUAUAAAAAGUAAUUAUGUACUUACCCAUUAUUCAUUUUGAAAUUUUCAGAUAUCUGUUUUGUAAGUAAAGAUAAAUAAAAAAAUAAAAUAAACGAUUUUUUCGCUAAGCAACGGGCUUCUUUAUCUAUAGUUUCCGCACGCUAUUUCCAGGUGUCGGGAAUUUAAGAUGAGCAUUCUAAACACUAUGCAGCUUAGCUGCAGUGAGUUAGAAGAUUGAGUCAAGUAAGAAACAAUGGCUUGCGUUAUAGUGGUGCAUCGGUUACAAAUAAGGAGAGGACAGAAAAAGAACUAUAAUAGAAGUAUGUACAAAUCCCUCCUCGGCCAUGUGACAAUGACUUUUCUAAGGUACCUACUUAUUUUAAAUAUUACCUAACCGAUGCUCUUACGAUAAGGGAAACAAUCUUGAAGAAACCUGUAGGGAAACUGGACGAGUAAUUCCACUGCAAAGGUUGCAGAAGUCGGGUAGAAGUCGAAAACCUGCCCAUACCCUGAGCUCCUUUUCAGAGUGAUGAUGUACCCAAGACUAUAGCCGGAAUAGGAGGAAAAAGACAAAUUUUGGACGAUAAUGUAUUCUGCCUCAAGUAGUCACGUCAUGCCGUCGACGAAUGGUCGCCCGAAACUUUUAUCCAAGACCUAAGGAUAUUUGUUAUUUUUUUAAAUUAUAAAUCCAAAAUGUUCCAAAAAAAACAUUCAAUUUUUUUUUUUUAUAAUGGUUCUGUUUAACAUCACUAAAUAAUUGUUAUAAGAUUGACGUCAAAUAAAUUACUUAAAAAUAAGUGUACUGUCAAAUCAAUACGGUAACAAACUGUAUUGCAGAAUUUUCUUAAAUAACGUCAUCCUCUUUAAGGUACCUACCUAGUACCCCACCCCGACAUCAUGUUCCAAGACCUAGGCUAAUAAAUAAAGUUCGUUUUCUAUAAUGAUUGAUUCUAUAACCUAAUACUUGGAUUGAACCGAUUAGUUACUGUGACUUAGUUAUCCAUCUAAGUUUUAAUAAUUUUAUCUCUGCGGAUCCGCUUCCGCUGUCCAUUCGCCGGCGCGGCCCUCGGCGUUUGGGUGGGAGAUGACACUCCGUAUAUAACGCCAGACAUUCGACCCUCAGCCAAGCAGUAAACAGCUUCAUCAUGAAGGUAUUCGUCUGCGUACUGAUUCUUGCCGCGGCCGCGCACGCCGGCUUCAUCAGCAGUGGAGGCUGGUCGGGGGGCGGCGGCGGCGGCGGGUACGGAGGCGGCAGUGGCUGGUCUAGUCUGGGCAGCGGCUGGUCCAGCGGUGGCGGCGGCGGCGGCUGGAAGCUCAGCGGAGGCGGCGGCGGCUGGUCUAGUGGAGGCAGCAGCGGCUGGCCCAGUGGAGGCGGUGGUGGCUGGAAACUUGGCGGCGGCGGAGGCGGCUGGUCCAGCGGUGGUAGCAGUGGUUGGCCCAGCGGCGGCGGCGGCGGCUGGUCGAGCGGCGGCGGCGGUGGACAAGUGAAAAUCAUCAAGAUCAUCACCACAGGCGGUAGCGGUGGUGGAUACGGAGGCGGUCACGGAGGUUGGUCUGGCGGCGGCGGCAGCGGCUGGAAGUCGGGCGGUGGCAGCAGUGGGUGGUCGAGCGGCGGCGGCGGCUGGAAACUAGGCGGCGGCGGCGGCGGCUGGUCCAGCGGCGGCUCGUCUGGCUGGUGGUGAUCUCCAACUUGUGUUCUAGCUAAAUGUAAUAAAGUUAU